GCGCAUGCUCCGCAUUGGACUAUAAAAAAACCCAGCUUUGAUCAAACGUCCAGAGGACCAACAGAACAUCAUCAUGGUAUCGCAGAGGUGCAUCGAUGAAACUACCUACUUCAAUCAGGAAACACGCACGUGUAUUCCAUGUGAAAGAAAAGCUGGGUUUGAAGUUUACCCUAAUUGUGGACGGAGCGAUGAUGGUGGGGUACACUCUGACACUUUUAGAGAAUGCCCAUCCAACACUUUCAAUGACGGGACCUUUGAUAAAUGCCGGACAUGUUCCCCAUGUCCAAUUGGUCUAUUUGAACUGAAACCCUGCAAUUCAACAUCUGACACCGUUUGCCAGGAAGAAAGCAGAUCGACAGCAGCCACCCUCUCUGUAAGUCAGAUCGUGCAAAAGCAACUUGACUUACUUUAUCUCAACAUCUCAAUUUAGUUUUUUUUUGUUCUUUUGCUUCUUCCUCAGGAUCCUGCAACCACCUUUGCACCAUCCUCCAGCACCGCAGCUGCGACUCAGAAAUACUCGACACAUAGUUUACCAGAAGGAGGCAGCGUGCCGAAUGCAGCUCUCUGGGCCGUACCAAUAACAAUUAUUGUUUUCAUCAUGCUGGCUGCUGCAAUCUGCGCUUUGAAAAUGAAGAAAAAAAGAGGUCUGUGCAAAAGUGUGUUUUAUCGUCGAAGGAUGUCGUAUAAAAAUGAAGGAUUUUCCCCGAUCUCCUCAUCUGGUACCAACACAGAGGCACUGGAAGACAUUCUGAAUUCUCAAAUCCUAUCAGCACCUUUACAUGCAGUUCUGGAUGAUCUUGAUGUUUUGGAGGAGUUGGUGAUUCUGUUGGAUCCAGACACUCAAGGUAUAAAGAGCACAAAGCACCUGGCGUCCCACUGCUCCUUUCCUUCCACCUGGAUCACUUAUACAUACUCCAUGAAGGACAGCAAAAGCCCCCUGAAAGCUGUGCUUGAGGCAGUCACCAGCAAGCAGCCCGACUGGACUGUGGGCCACCUGGCCAACCUGCUCAGACAAAUGGGCCGCAAUGAUGCUAUCACCGUUCUUGCAAAACUCAGACCUGGUUCAAAUGUUGGAUAUAUUUGAAACUUUUUCUCCCACAUCUAAGUUUGAUUUUUUAAAUCCAAACUGGAUAUGAUGUUUCUAUCGGUCCUUUGCCCAUUGCCUGGAAACUUCACUAAAGUAGUUUCUAGUUCAAUCUGAAAAACAAUUAGGAUACAUUUAUUGAUACAAUUACUUUUGACUUUGGCGCUCAGACCUCAGCAGGAAACAUAGCGCUUAAUUUUGAUAGAUAUUCAUGAACAGGAGCAAAGGCCU